UCGGCGCAGUCCCUUUAACCGCGCGCAGGCUCCCCGCCCCCUCCUGGUGAAUCUCCGCAGCAACAUGGCCGAUUCCGCCAAGGGGGUGAGCGCCGGCUUCAUCGCCAAGAACGUCCAGAAGAAGAUCAACCGGGCGCAGGAGAAGGUCCUUCAGAAGCUGGGCAAGGCUGAUGAGACAAAAGAUGAACACUUUGAGCAAUGUGUGCAAAACUUCAACAGACAGCUGGCCGAAGGAACAAAACUGCAGAAGGAUCUGCGAGCAUACCUGACUGCUGUAAAAGCUAUGCAUGAAGCCACCAAGAAGUUGUCGGAAUUGCUGGAGGAAAUUUACGAGCCAGACUGGGUUGGCAGAGAGGUUGUUCAUUCUAUUUCAGAGAGUGGCGACCUUCUUUGGACUGAUUAUCAUCAAAAGCUGGUGGAUCAAGCUCUUCUGACGCUAGACACUUAUCUAGGCCAAUUUCCAGAUAUCAAAACUCGUAUUGCGAAGCGUGGGAGGAAACUUGUUGAUUAUGAUAGUGCAAGACAUCAUUACGAAUCUCUCCAAGGUGCAAAGAAGAAAGACGAUGGGAAAAUAGCCAAGCCUGUCUCGUUGCUCGAGAAAGCUGCGCCUCAGUGGUGCCAGGGAAAACUGGUGGCACAUAUCGUCGCCCAGUCAAAUCUACUCCGAAACCAGGCAGAAGAAGAAUUUUUAAAAGCCCAGAAGGUAUUUGAGGAAAUUAAUAUCGAUUUGCAGGAAGAAUUACCAUCACUAUGGAACAGUCGUGUUGGUUUUUAUGUGAACACGUUCCAAAGCAUAGCUGGUCUGGAAGAGACAUUUCAUAAAGAAAUGGGCAAGCUAAACCAAAAUCUCACCAACACCUUGAAUCAGCUCGAGCAGCAACACAUAAAUAAAGCUUUACCUGUCAAGGGUACACCCAGUACACCUGCGCAACCAGAAGUUUCCAAUGUAUCAGCACCGUUGGAAGAGUCUCCUCCUGGUAGUCCCACAGUGAAGAAUGACAACCAUGUUCCUGUUGCAGUUUCACCCACACCGCACGCUCCUCCUCCUAUACCAAAGUCACCAUCCCAGCAAAGGAAAGGCCCUCCUGUGCCCCCUCCACCAAAGGUCACACCAUCCAAGGACAUCAAGCAAGAAAAUAUCCUCAAUCUGUUUGAUGACAAUUUCAUCCCAGAGAUAAGUGUGACUACACCUUCACAGUUUGAGGCUCCUGGGCCUCUGCAGGAUGAAGGAAGCCUUUUGGACUUUGACCCUUUGAAGCCAGAAAGUAAUACAGUAGCGAGAGCAGCAUCUCCAGUCUCUCAGACUUUACCUUGGGAUUUGUGGGAGCCUGAAGGGAGUUCAACUAACAGCAUGCCUAUGGACCAUUCUCCAAGCUUGGCUAUUGGGGAUGGUUUUAGUGAGAGCACUUUUGCAGUGGACUGGUCAGCCCAGCCCAUUCUGCUUGAAGAGAAGGAAACUGUUGCUGCUGAAACAGUGGGACAAGAGAACAUCAGUGAAGUUGCAGGAAAAGCAGAAGUCAGUGCUGGAUCUGCUGCUUUGGAGGUACAAGCUGAACCAAAGCAUGAAGUUUUGGAGAAUGAGAAUGAAGUAGAAAGUCCAGCUGUGACGCUUCCCUUUGUUUCUAAGACUAAGAAUGUCAUCCCGAAUAUGGUAGUAGAGACUCCGGCAGAGUCUACGAAUGGUGCUGUGUAUGACACGGUCCCCACGGAGGAGAGUGAACUGCCACCCGGAUUUCAGUUUAAGGUCCGGGCUCUGCACGAUUAUAAUGCGACAGACACUGAUGAACUGAACCUGAAAACUGGUGAUGUUGUUCUCGUGGUAACCUAUGAAAAUCCAGAAGAACAGGAUGAAGGCUGGCUAAUGGGCAUAAAGGAACUUGACUGGAUCCAGAAGAAAGAUCUGAAAUCCUCGAGGCGAGUUUUCCCAGAAAACUUCACUGAACGAAUUCAGUAACUGGAUUGUGUGUGGGAGGCCAGGGAGGCUGGAGGAAGCCCUGUGGAAAUCCUGCAGCAGAGCAAUUCCCCCCAACUCCUUGAAGGAGUACAGAAGUUGCCAUCACAAACAAUGUUCAGUGUUUACUGAUUCUGGUUAUGGUACUUCUGCCAGAUCCCUAUGCUCGUGGAUAUAUCUGAUCCCUGGAGUGACCAGGUCUCGUAGUUUAAACUGGCCACUUGCUAUUGUUUCCCAUUGUUGCAUGAAAUUCUGUUGUGAUCAUCUGAGUGUAAAAGAGUCAAAUAUAUCCAAGGAUGUCUAAGUUGAAGGUAGGAGAAAAUCCAAUGGUUGUAAAAUAACAGGUCUAUUUUUGUGUUUUUUUUUGAGACCGUGAAUUGUUUGGAUUACAUUGUCCUUUUGGGCAAUCACAUUCAACCUAUAGGAAACGCUCCAUUUAAAAUGGAAUGAGCCAGGAUGGGUUUGGGUGAGGGGGAAAAACCAAACUGUGUGGUUAUUUUACCCAGUCUGCACUGGAUUUACUCUCUGUAGUCCUACCCUCUCCAUCAUAGUUACACAGCUGACUUUGAGAAAGGGAUGCACUUUUAUCCAGUCAUCUCAUUAUCUUUAGUCCUUUUUUGACAGAAGCAGUGAGUUUAUAAAUUGAAUGAUAGUAAUUGUGGAGUAUGGGAGAACCAGAAGAAUAUUGAGGGUCUCUAUUGUAUGUGAUGUGGUGAUAGUUUGGGGAGAAGUAUUGAAAUUGUGUUCAACUGGUUUCUCCUUGUUCCUUUUCUAUUGGCACUUUGUGGAUGUCUUGCAUUUGCAAGCUCCAAUAUUGUUAAAACACAUUGUUAUUGUGUGAUUUUUUUUUUGCUCUCCACUCCUGCCAAGUCAUUUACCCAAAUAUGCAAGCAUCAUUGAUUACCGAAUACCUGCUUUUUUAGACAGCUGCAGUUAUGAUACCUGGCAUACAAACUAAAUUACAGUUCAAUUUGCACAUCUAUUCAGAUUUUAUCCUUCAAUCUUUUUUUCCUUUUUUGUUGUUCCUCCCCAAUACCAAAAACAUUUGACUGAUGUUUCUGGUUUUCACCCCACAUUAACAUGUGCACGUUACUUCCUAUUUUCAUCAGCAUCGAAGGCUAAUCAGCCCAUGAAGGCAAUGCCAGUUCUGAGCAUACUUCCCCAUAGUUUCUGUUCAACUUGCAUCGGUUCAUCACCUUUUUCUCCCAGUACACGGGGGGUGGGGCUGGGGGGGUAACUUGCACAAUCCAAUUAACCUAAGGCCAGGAAAAACCUGUGGGGACAACAUGAAGACUCUGCACAGUACUUGAGAUCAAGACUGAACGGGGGUGGUGAGCAGAGGGGCAGUCAUACCACUUGCAGAGACUAUUUGAGUAGUAAGGGGUGGGGGACACCGAGCCAAGCCAAUCCCAUCCCACUCUGGAAUUGUUAGUUGCACUCUUCGUUCCAUCCCAGACAAAUGCCAGCUGCUCUUCUUCACCCUGUAUUCUGUGAAAUGCAGACCUGCCUCAUCAGUGCAAAUAGUCAAAGAUGUUGAUCAUCUUUUAGUUUUUUAAUGCUGCCCUAGCCUCUGCAGGUUGGUGGUCAAUCAUAUGGAUCCCUUGAUUACACAGUAUUUUAAUUACUAAAUUAUGCAACCAUUUAUUAUUGAGUUGUACAAUCAAUGGUUUUGUUUAAUCCAACUAGCCAUGUAUUUGUAGUUCUGUAUUUGUUUAAUGUGAGACAUUGCUGCCAUCUGUCUGU